GCAAAAAGGUCCCAAGUGUCUUCUCCUGCCACCUGUCAGUGAGACUGUGUGAUUCUUCCUUCCACGUCACGAAUUUGUUUACUGUAAGCCGCUACUUUGUCAUAUCAUAUAAAAUGACCAAACUAGUAGAGUGGUUAACGGGAAUUGUCCUCAUCAUGGGACCCUGGACAGCUGUAGUGACCAACACUGUCAAAAAUGAGUUCACCGAUCAAUACUUUAUGUAUAUCCUUCUCCUUCCACUUGUAUUGGUUGCCAUGUUUGGCUUGGUAUCAGUGGCAAUAAUUGCACAUAGAGUCUACAAUUUCAAUGUCUGCAAUGAUGCUGCUGAGGAGCUUACAAGACAGAUAAAGGAAGCCAAGGAAGAUUUAAAGAAAAAGGGACUUAAAAUUGACUAGGGCAGAAACGGGAAUUGUUGCCUUUGUGGUUGUGGUCGGAAAACUUAAUUUAAAAAAUAUCCUGAUGCAUGUGUUAGAAUGCAGUGCUUGAUUUUAUUCUUUGUGCUUUGUCUUUUUUGAAUUCUCAGUCUCAACAAAUAAUCAUCUUCAGAAUAUUUUUGUAAGAUUGAAUGAUGUGUAAGAGAAUUUGCUUGUUAUUUAUUAUAUGUAAUUUACAAUAAAUUAUAUAUUGUAAACA